CAAUCAGGUAGCGUUACCAGGCGCAUGCGCACACAUAGAUGCCAUUAUCGGCCAUUUUUAUGUUUGCUGUGCGCAUCUGCAACACUGCAUGAUCUCUACUAAUAUACUACUUACUAUACUAUAUAUAGUAGUACUGGAAUAUGAAUCGGUUUCAUACAUCAAAGAAACCUAGAAAAGUGAAAAGGCUAGUUUCUGAUGGCAGGAAACUGAAGACAGUUUAUGUUAGGCGUUUGCCACCUAACAGUAACAUAGUAGUAAACGAGACUGCAGAACGAGGAGACAAUACAGCAGAGACGGACACCAUUCUCUUGGCCUCGACCUCGGCCUCGACCUCGGGUGUGCCUGCUCCACGAACACAUGCAGAGCGAAUGCAACGAUUGCUGAGUGGAUGGGAAAAGAUAAGGGAAGAUAUCACGGCAACGAGGCUUGAGGAGAUGGCGCCUGCCACUACUGUGUGCAGCAUGUGUGACGCGGCCGACGCUGCAAUUAAGUGUAUGGAAUGUGGGCCAUGUGUCUACUAUUGUGCCACUUGUUGUGAAAGGGUUCACAGGCAUACACUUUUCCACGAACCACUCAAAUGGAAUGGCUCCCUCUAUCUGCCUGUCGACCUAUUAAUAUAUGAUGAAACUCCUGAUUUUAUGAUAUGUUUAUGUGGUGCUAUACAGACAGUUGUUACACACAUGUACAAGUAUAUAAUAUCCAGAACACUGUGA